CUUCGUGGCGAACGUUUCUGGAACAGCAGCUGGCGAACAGCAAGCGUCGCGAUUGUGUUUCCGUUACAGUUUGAAUCGGUUCGAAAGGGGCUGCAGAAGCUCACCUUUGGGUGCGAGGCAAAUCAAUUCGUGCGGCAGUGCCAGUGCGGUCAAUCCUUUCGCCGCGUUAAUAGCGAAAGAAAACUCAAUUGACAGGGACUUUAACCGCUCCCAGGAGGCCAUCCACGAUGCAGGCGGUGCACAAAUCUGCACACAGCAGCAGGCGGCUGAUGCUGUUGCUCUCCAUGCUGCUCAAUGCCGCCAUUCAACCACGCUCCAUUGUCGUGAGUGCCUCUGAGGAUGUUGCCAACGUAUCGCCCUGCGAAAUGGAGUCUCUUAUAAAUCAACUGAUGAACCCCAGUCCCGAGUAUCAGCUUCACGCCUCCGCCUUGCGCAAUCAAUUGAAGAACCUGCUCCGUGAACGUCAGCUGGCCGUGGGCGAGGAGCAGCCGCUUGGUGAGUAUUCAGACUACAUGGAGGAGGACAAGCGCUCGGUGGCCGCCCUGGCUGCCCAAGGCCUACUGAACGCCCCGAAGAGGAGUCUGGCCACCCUGGCCAAGAACGGACAGCUGCCCACGGCGGAGCCGGGCGAGGAUUAUGCCGACGCAGACUCCGGCGAGCCGAGUGAGCAGAAGCGAUACAUCGGCUCCCUGGCCCGAGCCGGCGGACUGAUGACCUAUGGCAAGCGCAACGUGGGCACUCUGGCCCGCGACUUCCAGCUCCCCAUCCCCAACGGCAAGCGCAACCUCGCCACCAUGGCCCGUCUGCAGAGUGCUCCCUCCACCCACCGGGAGCAGCCGAAGCGAAAUGUGGCCGCCGUCGCCCGCUACAACUCGCAGCAGAGCCACAACCAACGCGCCGGUGGCGAGAAGCGCAACCUGGGUGCCUUGAAGUCCUCCCCGGUGCAUGGAGUCCAGCAGAAGCGCGAGGACGAGGAGAUGCUCCUGCCCGCCGCCGCCCCCGACUACGCCGACCCCAUGCAGAGCUACUGGUGGUACCCCAGCUACGCCGGCUACGCCGACCUCGACUGGAACGACUACCGUCGGGCAGAGAAGCGUUUUCUAGACACCUCCAAGGAUCCAGAACUGUUCGGCAUCGAGCAUGGAAAUGCCGUUGCCGCUGCCGUUGCAGAGGCAGAGAAUGAGGAUGAGCAGCCGGACGCGGAUGCGGAUGCGGAGGUGGAGGCGGAGAGCGAGCAGUUGCCAUCGCCGCAGAAGCGGCACAUAGGCGCCGUUUACCGAUCCGGAUUCCUGCCCAGCUACCGCUACCUGCGCAGCCCUGGAGGGGGUGGUGGCUUCGGCGGGGCCGGGGGGCGUUUCAGUCGCUCGGGACGUGACGCCAGGCAAUUUGUAGGGUACUUCCCCCAACACGAGCGACUGCGUCAACACACCGCAGCCGUUUGUAAGAGGUGUUUCUUACCCAAUCAACCGAAGAUCAAUUGGAGCGGUGCUGGCAUACGCGGUCGUCUGUCCAAGCACUACGUGGAUCCCGAGGCCUCUCCAGCGCGCAUGCCCAGCCUUUCCAGUAACUCGCUGCCAUCGGGACGUCCACCGCGUCCGCUCCUGCGCUCUGGGGCUCCAGUCUAUCCGCCCUUCCACUCCUGGGGCACUCCGCCGCGUAUCACAGCACUGCAUCGACGGGAGUUUCGACGCAACUUGGACAAUUACGAAUACUAAAUAUCGACAAUAUACUCUCUAUGCAAAUUAUGAGAUACCGACUACCUUAGUACCGCAGUCGGAAUGUAAAACUAUGCAGUAAAUAUACUAAAUGUAGAUCCCCAUCCCCCAAAUUUGUUGGUCAAGUCACACUAAAGACCUGUAUCACUCGCAACUACCGAGGCUAGCAAGUGCAAUCGAGAGCUGUACUGGAAGUGCUCCAAUUUGUAGGAUCUGUAAUGCCACAACUCUCAAUGUAUAAAUUAUAUUUACUAUACUGAAGUAACUGAUAUCAGUGCAAAGCGAAAAAAAAACGAUAAAUAUCAAAGCAAAUCAUAUCGUCUUUAUCAUUUACAUAUUUAAAACUUGAAGGAAAUAUUUAACUAGUGCCAAUCUUGUACCUUGCAAGUUUAUAUUCCUUUUUCCUAACAUCUUUUAUGGGUAUAUGACAAUAAAUAUUUCCCCUAGUCCAAAACUAAUAAUUGCCACCAAUGAUCAUUGAUAUAUGAGAGUAUUAACAAACUGCGUCAAAGACAAUAAAACUUGGUGAGAAAUAAGGAAAAUAUCGAUUUAUAUAUACAUAAAUAUAUUAUACAUAUAUGUAUUUCAGACAAUAAAAAAUGUUGACAAUAAAACAUUACAAAGGUAUCAAGUAUUUCAUUAAAAGUCAUUUCGAUUGAUUUUCAAUUCUUGAAAGUAUUUAAAUAAAAACUUGGAAAUACGAAAACAAAAGGAUAUCCAAAUAACUGUAUGUAAUAAUAAGUCUGAUGUUGUCAAUAAUUAACUUAAACGAUUAUGAAUUUUCAAAUCAAAGUAUUGCAAAUGAUAAUAAUAAUUUAUUACCAAGUAUUUACUUCGAAUAUAUUAUAUAUUAAACCUAUCUAAGCCCGCAUGCAUGGGGUUAAGCUCUAAAAACAGGAACAAAGCUGAGAUCUCGCAGCGGAAGUAUCCACUAAUUAUCAACGUUAUGUAUCUGUAUACACAUUAUGUAUAUCAUAUAUAAAUUAAUGCAAAUAUAUACAAAUAUUAAUGGUUUGUUCCUGUAAUACAA